AUGGACUUUGCAAUGGGUUGGAAUCGUUUCAACUUGACGUUACUCGGUGUGUGGCCAGAACCGAGAAAAGUAUCAAGAGGAUCACGAUUACUUUCCAGUAUAAUAUUCUGGUUUACGGCUAUUGUGACGUUUACUUUCAUUUGUGCACCACAAACAGCAAAUCUGAUACUGAAAUCGACCAAUUUCAACGAAAUAAUCGAAAAUUUAUCGAUUAAUAUACCGAUCGCCUUUGCAUUGAUCAAGCAGCUCGUUCUACGAUAUUAUAAGAAAGGUAAUAAUACCUAUACAUAUAUAUUUAUAUUUAUGUAUAUUUACAUAUACAUUUGUUCCCUAACGCUAUUACUCAGGCAAAUGUUCGACGACUGGACCGAGCCAAUCGCAAAUCAAGAUCGUCAAAUGAUGUUAAAGAACGCGCAAAUUAGUCGAAUGAUAUCCAUAGUCUGUUCCACUCUAACGUAUUUCAUGCUUCUCGCAUUUAUAUCGAUGCAAAUUUGGAGUAAUAUGCAAAGUGCGUCAGAAGCCGAUCUAGGAGGACUCCUUCAUCCAGCCACGUUCCCUUACGACACAAGCAAAAGUCCAAAUUUCGAGAUCACAUGGCUGGGACAGUUUAUAGGCACGAUGUUAGCCGGGAUAUCCUAUUCUUGCUUCGACACGUUCCUUGCGGUUCCUGUGAUACAUUUGUGCGGUCAAUUAACUGUUCUUAGAAUGGCACUCGAGGAUCUAGCUAACGCGACGAAGGAUGAUAAUUACGCAAGGUUCCAAGAACGAUUAGGAUUCAUUGUGAACAGGCACAAUCUGUUAUCUAGGUUGAGUACCGGUGUUGGACAAUCAGCAUACGAGUGCGAUUGGUACAAUUUACCACCGAAGAACGCCAUUUCAUUAAUUAUCGUAAUAUGUCGCGCGAGGGUAUCGUUUCAAAUAACAGCUGGAAAAUUCAGUCCCUUCUCUCUCGAACUCUUUAAUGCUAUUCUAAAAACGUCUGCCGGAUAUCUUUCAGUAUUGUUAGCCAUGAAAGAUUGACUGGUCGGAGAAAAGUAUCAUAAUCGUAUGGUUGAAAUAUAUUGGUUCUUGUAUAUGGGAGAAAAAAUAAAAAGAACACAGUAAACCGAACAUUUUAUAAAAUCAUGCUAUGUAUCGAAUAAAUAUUUUGGUAUCCGUUCAAAGGUUCAUAUUACGAUUCAUAUAGUUCCAUAAGAAUGCUUUUAUCCGAAGAAAUUGCACAAACAUUCGAAGAAUCUUUUGGUAAAACGAUCAAAACAUUGAAAUAUUCAUAAA